AUGAAAUAUCAAUUAUUAUUUGCACAAGAAGAAACAAUCAAAAGUAUCUCUAUUGAAGGAGAAACAGAAAUAUCAACACGACUUGAUCCUGAUGAAAUAAAAGAAGAAAAGAAAAUAGGAGAAGGAUCAUUUGGAAUUGUUUAUGUUGGAGAAUUUAGAGGAAAUAAAGUAGUAAUUAAGAAAAUAAAACAAGUUGAAGAAAAUGAAGAUAAAAAGAAAGAAUUUGAGAAAGAAGUAGCAAUGUUAGAUAAAUUUCGAGAUGAAUAUAUCAUUCAUUUUUAUGGAGCAUUAUUUAUUCCUAAUAAAAUAUGUAUGGUAACAGAAUUUGCAGAAUAUGGAUCAUUACAAGAUAUAAUGAAUAAAAGAAACAUCACAGAAAUAUCAAAAAAAAUAAGAAUUAAAUUUAUGAUAGAUGGAGCAAAAUGA